GGCGAGGGUUUUAAGGGACGUGGGCAGUGCGUGCGGAACGCGCGGGUCCUGUUAGCUGUGCAGACGGCCCUGCGUGGCUUUGGAGGUAGUGCUGUGUCGGUGACCCGCUCUUUUCACUGACGAGGAGACCUCUGCGGUGUCGUUCCGCCUCCCGGCCCUUUAUCUUGUUCGUCGGGAGCGUCACCUUUGAGAAAGGGCGUCUUCAACGUCAGGGGAAAAGACUAAAGAUUAGAUUGUAAGAGAAGAAAAUAGCCAUGUUUCGAAGACCUGUGUUUCAGGUACUUCAUCAGUUUGUAAGACAUGAAUCUGAAGUAGCUAGCAGUUUGGUUCUUGAAAGAUCUCUGAAUCGUGUGCAGUUACUUGGUCGAGUAGGUCAGGACCCUGUCAUGAGGCAGGUGGAAGGAAAAAACCCAGUCACAAUAUUCUCUCUAGCAACGAAUGAGAUGUGGCGGUCAGGGGAAAAUGAAGCGUACCAAAUGGGUGAUGUCAGCCAAAAGACUACAUGGCACAGAAUUUCGGUAUUCCGACCAGGCCUCCGAGAUGUGGCAUAUCAGUAUGUGAAAAAAGGGUCUCGAGUUUACGUGGAAGGGAAAGUAGACUAUGGCGAAUACACGGAUAAAAAUAACGUGAGACGACAAGCAACCACAAUUAUAGCUGAUAACAUUAUAUUUCUGAGUGACCAGGUGAAAGAGAAGGCAUAGAACGGACGGUUCUUCUUUGGCCAUCGUUUGUUAAGGACUACUAAGGGGGUAUAAGCAGAAGUCAUUUGCUGGUGUUUCUAGGAAGUUUCCUUAAAUGAGCUCACUCUUUUGGGAGGCUCAUCCUGUGUGCUUCUCCAGGCCCUCAUCUGGCUUUUUCUUCUGUGGAAUGUGGACAUUAUCACCGAAUCUCAAAGUAGCCGUCUUGGACCCUGAGGUGAUCUUCAGGAUGGCAGACAGAAGAAGCUGGGAUCUCUGAUGACCAUGGAGCCACCUUACCAGUCCUGGACAGUCUACUUCUGGACCUUUGGAGAUACAAAUAAAUUUCUGCCUUGUUUAAGCCA